AUGUCGGCGGCGCAGGUGUCCUCGUCCCGGAGACAGUCUUGCUACCUGUGCGACCUGCCCCGCAUGCCCUGGGCCAUGAUCUGGGACUUCUCGGAACCCGUAUGCCGCGGUUGCGUCAACUACGAGGGUGCCGAUCGCAUCGAGUUCGUGAUCGAGACCGCGCGCCAGCUCAAGCGGGCACACGGCUGCUUCCAGGACGGCCGCUCCCCCGGGCCGCCGCCACCCGUCGGGGUCAAGACGGUGGCCCUGUCGGCUAAGGAGGCGGCGGCGGCAGCAGCGGCGGCAGCGGCGGCCGCACAGCAGCAGCAACAGCAGCAGCAGCAACAGCAGCAGCAGCAACAACAGCUCAACCACGUCGAUGGUUCCAGCAAGCCCGCGGUGCUGGCGGCCCCGUCCGGUCUGGAGCGCUAUGGCCUGAGCGCAGCCGCCGCUGCCGCCGCCGCCGCCGUGGAGCAGCGCAGCCGCUUCGAGUACCCGCCACCGCCGGUGAGCCUGGGAAGCAGCAGCCACGCCGCGCGGCUGCCCAACGGCUUGGGGGGCCCCAACGGCUUCCCCAAGCCGACACCGGAGGAGGGACCCCCGGAGCUGAACCGCCAGAGCCCCAACUCGUCUUCAGCUGCGGCGUCGGUGGCGUCUCGGCGCGGGACGCACGGUGGGCUCGUGACAGGGCUGCCCAACCCGGGGGGUGGCGGAGGCCCCCAGCUCACCGUACCCCCCAACCUGCUGCCGCAGACGCUGCUUAACGGCCCGGCCAGCGCCGCCGUGCUGCCCCCACCGCCGCCCCACGGCCUGGGCAGCCGUGGGCCCCCGACGCCGGCACCCCCAGGGGCCCCCGGAGGUCCCGCUUGUCUCGGGGGCGCUCCGGGCGUAUCGGCCGCGUCGUCCUCGGCGUCGUCUUCGACCUCGUCGUCGGUGGCCGAGGUGGGCGUGGGUGCUAGUGGCAAAAGGCCCGGCUCAGUGUCCAGCACCGACCAGGAGCGCGAGCUGAAGGAGAAACAGCGGAACGCCGAGGCCCUGGCCGAGCUGAGCGAGAGCCUGCGCAACCGCGCCGAGGAGUGGGCCAACAAGCCCAAGAUGGUCCGCGACACGCUGCUCACGCUAGCUGGCUGCACGCCCUACGAGGUGCGUUUCAAGAAGGACCACUCGUUGCUGGGCCGCGUCUUCGCCUUCGACGCAGUCUCCAAGCCCGGCAUGGACUACGAAUUGAAGCUGUUCAUUGAGUACCCCACGGGCUCGGGGAACGUGUACUCUAGUGCAUCUGGGGUGGCCAAGCAGAUGUACCAGGACUGUAUGAAGGACUUCGGCCGGGGUCUCUCCUCGGGCUUCAAGUAUCUGGAGUACGAGAAGAAGCACGGCUCCGGGGACUGGCGCCUACUUGGAGACCUGCUGCCCGAGGCCGUGCGCUUCUUCAAGGAGGGCGUGCCCGGCGCCGAUAUGCUGCCCCAGCCCUACCUGGACGCCAGCUGCCCUAUGCUGCCCACGGCGCUGGUGAGUCUAAGCCGCGCCCCCAGCGCACCCCCGGGGACCGGGGCCCUGCCGCCCGCCGCCCCCUCGGGCCGGGGCGCCGCCGCCAGCCUGCGCAAGAGGAAGGCGUCUCCCGAGCCCCCAGACUCGGCCGAGGGCGCGCUGAAGCUGGGCGAGGAGCAGCAGAGGCAGCAGUGGAUGGCGAACCAGAGCGAGGCACUGAAGCUCACCAUGUCAGCAGGGGGCUUUGCGGCGCCGGGUCAUGCGGCCGGCGGUCCGCCCCCGCCGCCGCCUCCACCCCUGGGACCCCAUUCCAACCGGACCACCCCGCCCGAGUCAGCCCCUCAGAAUGGUCCGUCCCCCAUGGCCGCCCUCAUGUCGGUGGCAGACACUCUGGGCACAGCGCACUCUCCCAAGGACGGCAGUUCCGUGCACUCCACCACUGCGUCCGCGCGGCGCAACAGCAGCAGCCCAGUGUCGCCGGCCUCCGUGCCCGGGCAGCGCCGUUUGGCAUCACGGAACGGGGACCUGAAUUUACAGGUGGCGCCCCCGCCGCCUAGCACCCACCCGGGUAUGGACCAAGUGCACCCCCAAAACAUUCCGGAUUCCCCCAUGGCUAACAGCGGGCCCCUCUGCUGUACCAUUUGCCACGAACGUUUGGAGGACACGCAUUUCGUUCAGUGCCCAUCCGUCCCCAGCCACAAAUUCUGCUUCCCUUGCUCUAGAGAGAGCAUCAAGGCCCAGGGGGCCACCGGCGAGGUGUAUUGCCCCAGCGGAGAGAAAUGCCCCCUCGUGGGGUCAAAUGUACCUUGGGCCUUCAUGCAGGGCGAAAUCGCGACGAUCUUAGCUGGGGAUGUUAAAGUGAAAAAGGAGAGAGACCCUUGAAACCAGGAGACAGUCGCCUCCUUUGCCCCAGACCAGCUCUUCUCCAUCCAGAGGGCCCCUCCCCCACCCACAUCGGCCUUCCCUUCCCUGCCCCCAAGAUGUAGAAUUGUGAAUAUUACAAACUGCAAAAAGUUAGUCUUAUGUAUAGACAUUAUUUUCGUCGUAUGUUUCUAUAUUUUGAAACAAAGGUAUGUAACUUCUUCAUUUGAAGGAUAAGCUGGUUUGUGUUAAGCAGUAUAAUAUUGGUUGGGUCAUUUGCAUCAUAUUCGUUAGCAUCUCUUUGGUGGCAGAGUGUUUGCCUAGGUACAGAAUUAAUAGCCCUUAGCAACGACUGCUGCUGGUGUGUAUUUUUGUAAAUGUUAUGCACUCUCUGAAAGGAAAAGGACACACACAAAAGAAAAUGACUUUUUUGUUUUUGGCCAAGGCCAGUGUUGCUGCCUAAAAAAAAAAAAUGAUGCUAUGAAAUGGUGACAGCUUCUUUCUAAACAGCCCCAAGUGUUGAAGUCUUCACUUUAUUUUGUUCUGUUCUGUUUUGUUUUGUUUUUCUGUUUUGUUUGCAAAAUGGUAAGGGGAGGUGUUGGGGGGGUGGGGUGUUUUCUGUUGCAAGUUUGUGAGGGAAGAUGUUUUGGUUUGUUUCUACUGACCUGAAUGUGUUGAAUCUUCACGUGUUGUUUUGUUUUUGCUUUAUCGAUGCACGGAUGCUUUUGAACAGUAGAGCGAAAUGCUAGACAUGGAGAAUCUGCUCUGUUUGUCCUUUAUACAUUUCUGUAGUUAACAGAACACUGUAAUGUGCCUUGGAGCUUAGUAACUUGUAAUAAAUUCAAUUGAUAUUAA